AUGAUUCUGGAGGAUAAUUAUGUUAUUUCUUUAGAACUGGUUGAAAAAUUGAACAAAUAUUUUAAUUCCUAUUAUAAACACCUGUUUUCUAAAAUUACUCCAAUUUCACUCCAGUUUAACUCCUCUUCCUCCCAUUUCACAAUCGAAGAACUUACCAACUCACCUGUAAAAGAUCCUUUAGAUGAAGUGAAGACACUAAGUGAUGCAGAUAACACUGUAAAAUUGAACAGUCUAUUAUGUGUAUACAAAAAUGAUAAAAAUGUACGUAAAAACUUGUUAAUAUUUCCAAUACACUGCAGUAACAAGGUUAUUACCGACGAUGUCAUAAAUACACUCCAACUAACUACUUUAGAUACUGAUUCCAAGGAUGAUAUUGGCGAAAUUUGUAGAAAAUUUGGAUAUUUGAACGAGUUACAGAAUUCUCUUGAUUUCAAGAACACUUUAUUCAUCUCAGUUUUUUAUGAAAAUAAUAAAUUCACUCUUUAUGAACUUAAUUUUAACUCCAUUCUUAACUUCAUAUAA